AUGAUCGUUGGUGGCGUCGACUCUGCCAGCAUUUACGUCAGUUGGCAGAAGCCGGAGGGCAUGAUGAAUGGCAUCACGCUAUACAAGGCCUUGGCGAGGGAAGCCUCCAGAGCAGUGGAGCAGACUCAAGAGCACUUUUGCUUCGCUGACGCGUCGCUCGAGGAGUUGGGGUGUUCCAUCAGUGGACUCACAAAACCAGUAAACAUCGUGCUGAUCAUCGUCGGAGUUGUCCUUGCUCUUGCCGUUCUCGUCGUCGUUUUGUUCUUCGUUCUACAACCAAGAAGACGUGCAAACCGCAACCAUAGUCCCUCAGAAUAUUUGGAAGCCGCUUCAAAAGACCGACCUACUCCUGUGGACUUCGCCAACAUCUCUAGGGUAACAUCACGGCUAGAUGAUGAAAAUGGCUGGAGCUACCUAUUUGAGCUCCUGAAAACCCUUGCCGAUGAACAGGAACGGGCAGCCCAACUCACCCAAAAUGCUGGAAGUAGCCAAUUCAAUCUCAACAGAUACGUCGAUAUGCUGCCAUAUGACCAAUCGAUGGUGAUUUUGGGCAGGAAAUGGUCAGUGCUGCUGAAGAAUCCCAGACCGACAGUCGUGAGUGGUCCCCUCUCGUCCUCCUACAUCAACGCCUCCUACGUGAGACCACCCAACUACACGGCGACAGGCGCUGCCGUGGCGUCGAGUCAGGACACCCAACCGGAGUACAUCGCAGCCCAGGGUCCACUGCCUCACACCGUCGCGGACUUCCUCACGAUAAUCUACGAACAGAGGUGUCCCCACAUCGUCAUGCUCUGCAACAUCGAGGAGAACAGCAGCCCGAAAUGUGCCAGGUAUUGGCCUGCCCAGGCCACAGAAACAUUCGUCUCCGAUGGUCGAAGUGUUAUCGUGACCAAAGUGGGAGAGCAGAUAACACCAAACUUUACGUACCGUGAAUUCACCAUUCUGCCAUCGGACGAGAAGGAGGCGAUUAAGCAGAUUCACUUCACCCUCUGGAACGAUUAUGGAGCACCUCCAGUUGAGCAGAUAUACGCAGUCAUCUUGAAGCACCUCUCGUUUUUGGAACAAACGCCGAUUGGCUCCUAUGGUCCCCCACUUGUGCACUGCAGGGUGAAACAGCCUCAAGCGCACUCCCUCUUGUAUCCUAUUAGCGCUGGCGUGGGGAGAACCGGAACCUUCAUUUGUGCUCGCUACAUACUCGAGCGACUACGCAAGGACGCCUCAACAAUCGACGUGUUCGGUACUGCACUGGCCGUUCGACGGUGGCGAAAGAGCCUCGUUCAAACAGCGGUACUCUGUGAUUUUAUCUCUGCUUUCUGCUACAAAAUAUGGUUUUUAGCCGUUUGGAACCUUUGUCGCGUGCGGUAUCUUUUGCUGUGUGAUGUGCAAUUGAAUUUCCUGUACUUGUUUGCGGAAUACUGCAUCGCUCGCGAAGGUAUCCAACCUGUUGCUAGGAAACCACAAGGCGAUGAAUAUGACACGGCGGUCUCAAGAUCUCGAAGUAAGUACGCUCCGGUUCGUUUGGUAAUGCCUAGGCAUUGUGUUUGUAAUUUCAUUUGA